GCGUGUGAUUUGGGGUUUUAUUUUUUAAUUAUUUGUCAAAUACUAUAAAUUCUAAGCGGUAAUAAAUAUACAUGGGUUGAAUUGAAGGAUUGCAUGGAAAAAAAAAUACAUUUAACGUUCAUGAUUAUUAUCAUUUUGCCUUGUUCACAAGCCAGACAGCAGAGCUAGCAAGUGGGUUAACCAGUCAGUGUGUGCUGUGACAAUAAGUAAUGCAUUAAUAAACAAGCAAGGCUUUUCACCAUUCUUGCAGUAAUUAGUUCUAGUAAGUGUUAAUGGCAUCGCGACAACCAUUCAGUGAUUCGGAUACUGCCGACGAAGCGGUGAGAGCCACAUGCGACGACGCGUCCACUUGUAAGAGGUUUGCCACAAGCAAAGCAUAUUGGAAGGACCCGUAUAUCCAAUACUUUGUAAGACAGAUAGGGGAGCGGAAGGCUCCGGAGAUCAACAGAGGAUAUUAUGCCCGUGUACAUGGAAUGAACCAUCUUCUGGACGCUUUUCUCAAAAAGACUGGAUGUGACUGCCAAGUGGUGAACUUAGGAGCGGGUCUUGACACAACUUUUUGGAGACUGAAGGAUGAGAAAAAUUUGCCAAGAAAGUUCUUUGAAGUGGACUUCCCAACAAUUGUUGCCAGGAAAAUACACCACAUCAAGACAAAGCCUCCAUUGUCAAAGCCCCUGAUAGAAACACACUCUACUGACUCACUUCUUUUAGAUGGACACAGCUUGGACUCUGACAGAUACUGUAUUAUCGGAGCUGAUCUCAGGGACCUCCCAAAUUUGGAGGACAAACUAAGAAAGUUCCAGAUUAAUCCAGAGCUACCCACUCUAUUCCUCUCAGAGUGCGUCUUGGUCUACAUGACCCCAGAACAGUCCUCUAAACUGGUCCAAUGGGCAGCAGACACCUUCCACACAGCCAUGUUCAUCAAUUAUGAGCAGGUGAACAUGGCUGAUCGCUUCGGGCAGGUAAUGAUUGAGAAUCUGCAGAGGCGUCAGUGUAACCUGGCAGGAGUGGAUGUGUGUCAGUCUCUGGAAUCCCAGAGAGAGCGCUUUCUGAUGACAGGGUGGGACGGUGUUAACGCCCUGGACAUGAUGUCAAUUUAUAGCAUGCUUCCUCAAGAAGAUGUCGCCAGAAUCGAGCAGCUUGAAUUUCUUGACGAAAAGGAACUCCUCCAUCAGCUUCUCCAACACUACAGCAUCUGUUGGGCAACCAAGGACAAACUCAAUUUAGGGCUUUCACAGGUUGCAUUUUGAAGUUUUAAGCGAGACAGACUUUUGACGGUUCAUCGUCGUUGUGCCAAUGUCGUUCAGAGGUCAGAAGAGAGGAAGAGGAAAGGCGUUCGGAUCACUUACUUCCUCUCUUUUUGAUGUCAAUAAAAUAUUCAAUGCACUGACGUUGGAUCUUUUUC